AUGCUGCGCGCUAUUAUUUCGACUAAGUUUGUUGAAGAAGCAACAUUAGUUUCGUUAAUGUGGUGCUUCCCCGGCGCCGAAAAAGGAAAAAAGGAAUCGGGCAUCAAACCUUACUGGUUUUUAGUAUUUGAAUUAGUGUACAUCAUCAUUUUCAUUAUAAUAUCUGUGGCAGUGCACUUAUUCGGCUUCCUCAAGACAGAUGAAGAUGCUGUUACCGUACAUCACAAAAUCCAUAAAGAAGUAAUAGCUCAACAAGAGCAGAAAUUUAUGAAGCAAAAAAGGGAAAACUUCAUUAGCCCCGGAAAAAGUCCUCUUUAG